GGAUAGAGCGAGAGAGGAAGGGAGGAGGGAUAGAGAGAGAGCGAGGGAGUGAGGGUAGAUGCUGUCAGGCUGAGUUGAGCUCCCAUUCCCUGCUCGCCCACCAUGGCUCUGCUGGCUUUGGCUUUGCCCGCUGUUGACCUCACGACUGCCCUGUUGCUCUGCUCUCUGGUUAUGGUUCUUCUCCUCUUCCUGGCGUCCGGGCGUAAAACUGACCCCCGCUUCCCCGCUGGCCCGGCAGGCCUGCCCAUCAUCGGCAACCUGCACCAGGUCAAACUGAGCCGUCUCCACGAAUCCUUGAUGCAGUUGUCGGAGAAACAUGGCUGUAUAUUUUCCCUGCGGUUGGGUCAGCAGGACACGGUGGUGCUGACGGGUUACGAGGUGGUGAAGGACGCACUGGUCAACCAUGCCGAGGAAUUUAUGGGACGUCCGCAUGACCACGUCAACAGCAUCCACAGGAAAAACCACGGUGUUAUUCUGGCUGACGGCGAAUCCUGGAAACAGAUGCGACGAUUUACAUUAUCAACCCUCCGGGAUUUCGGGAUGGGGAAGAAAUCUGUCGAAGAUAAAAUCAUAGAGGAAGCGUCUCACUUAAGUGACGUGUUCCAGUCUUAUAAAGGUCAGCCCUUUGAAACCACGAUUCUGACAAAUGGUGCUGUGGCCAAUGUCAUCUGCUCUAUCCUACUGGGCAACAGGUUUAAUUAUGAUGAUCAGACGUUUGUCAAUCUUAUACGGAUCAUCAAUGAAAACAUUAGGCUGGCAAUCAGUCCAACAGUGCAGCUGAUCAAUUUCGUGUUUCCGUUCCUGGAUUUUCUGCCGGGCAAACAUAAGACCUUUCUGUCCAAUGCCACGAUCGUCCGAACCUUCUUGAGGAAAAUACUGAAGGAGAACAGACAGGAUCUGAAUAUAGAUUCCGUUCGCAGUUUCAUUCAAGCCUUCAUGGUCAAGCAACAGGAAGAAUCGGGAAACCCAAAGACCUAUUUUCAUGAGGAGAAUCUGGUGAUCACAACAAACGAUCUGUUUGUCGCUGGAAUGGAGACGACCUCAACCACACUCCGGUGGGCUAUUCUGCUGAUGAUGAAAUUCCCCGACUUUCAACAGAAAGUCCAUGAGGAAAUCGAUCAAGUGAUUGGGACAGACCGUCACCCGAGGCUGGAAGACCGUAAAGCAAUGCCUUUCACAGACGCCGUCAUACAUGAAACGCAGAGAUUUGGAAACAUUGUCCCAUUGAACCUUCCCCACGCCACAACUGCCGACACAAACUUCCGAGGAUAUUUUAUACCUAAGGGCACCCGUGUGAUCCCGUUACUGACCUCAGUGCUGUAUGACAAAACACAGUGGGAAAAACCCAAUGAAUUCAACCCCUCCCACUUCCUCGACGUCGAGGGCAAGUUCAGGAAGAGAGAUGCUUUCAUGCCUUUCUCUGCAGGGCGAAGGGCCUGCGCAGGCGAGAGUCUGGCUAAAGCUGAACUCUUUCUCUUCUUCUCGACGCUGAUGCAGAGAUUCCGAUUCCAGCCUCCGCCCGGAGUGACCGACCUUCCCCUCACGGCCAUUGUCGGAAUCACAUCAUCCCCGACACCUUACAAGCUCUGCGCUGUGCUCCGUUCUCCCAUUCCCUGCUCGCCCACCAUGGCUCUGCUGGCUUUGGCUUUGCCCGCUGUUGACCUCACGACUGCCCUGUUGCUCUGCUCUCUGGUUAUGGUUCUUCUCCUCUUCCUGGCGUCCGGGCGUAAAACUGACCCCCGCUUCCCCGCUGGCCCGGCAGGCCUGCCCAUCAUCGGCAACCUGCACCAGGUCAAACUGAGCCGUCUCCACGAAUCCUUGAUGCAGUUGUCGGAGAAACAUGGCUGUAUAUUUUCCCUGCGGUUGGGUCAGCAGGACACGGUGGUGCUGACGGGUUACGAGGUGGUGAAGGACGCACUGGUCAACCAUGCCGAGGAAUUUAUGGGACGUCCGCAUGACCACGUCAACAGCAUCCACAGGAAAAACCACGGUGUUAUUCUGGCUGACGGCGAAUCCUGGAAGCAGAUGCGACGAUUUACAUUAUCAACCCUCCGGGAUUUCGGGAUGGGGAAGAAAUCUGUCGAAGAUAAAAUCAUAGAGGAAGCGUCUCACUUAAGUGACGUGUUCCAGUCUUAUAAAGGUCAGCCCUUUGAAACCACGAUUCUGACAAAUGGUGCUGUGGCCAAUGUCAUCUGCUCUAUCCUACUGGGCAACAGGUUUAAUUAUGAUGAUCAGACGUUUGUCAAUCUUAUACGGAUCAUCAAUGAAAACAUUAGGCUGGCAAUCAGUCCAACAGUGCAGCUGAUCAAUUUCGUGUUUCCGUUCCUGGAUUUUCUGCCGGGCAAACAUAAGACCUUUCUGUCCAAUGCCACGAUCGUCCGAACCUUCUUGAGGAAAAUACUGAAGGAGAACAGACAGGAUCUGAAUAUAGAUUCCGUUCGCAGUUUCAUUCAAGCCUUCAUGGUCAAGCAACAGGAAGAAUCGGGAAACCCAAAGACCUAUUUUCAUGAGGAGAAUCUGGUGAUCACAACAAACGAUCUGUUUGUCGCUGGAAUGGAGACGACCUCAACCACACUCCGGUGGGCUAUUCUGCUGAUGAUGAAAUUCCCCGACUUUCAACAGAAAGUCCAUGAGGAAAUCGAUCAAGUGAUUGGGACAGACCGUCACCCGAGGCUGGAAGACCGUAAAGCAAUGCCUUUCACAGACGCCGUCAUACAUGAAACGCAGAGAUUUGGAAACAUUGUCCCAUUGAACCUUCCCCACGCCACAACUGCCGACACAAACUUCCGAGGAUAUUUUAUACCUAAGGGCACCCGUGUGAUCCCGUUACUGACCUCAGUGCUGUAUGACAAAACACAGUGGGAAAAACCCAAUGAAUUCAACCCCUCCCACUUCCUCGACGUCGAGGGCAAGUUCAGGAAGAGAGAUGCUUUCAUGCCUUUCUCUGCAGGGCGAAGGGCCUGCGCAGGCGAGAGUCUGGCUAAAGCUGAACUCUUUCUCUUCUUCUCGACGCUGAUGCAGAGAUUCCGAUUCCAGCCUCCGCCCGGAGUGACCGACCUUCCCCUCACGGCCAUUGUCGGAAUCACAUCAUCCCCGACACCUUACAAGCUCUGCGCUGUGCUCCGUUAGGAGUUGAGACAAACAACAACCAGAACUGUAUCCCCCUUCACGUGCGAGUGGCGUCUCGGAGACCAAACACACACACAGGGACAAUUAAUAAUAACAAUAGAAAUCCGUGUAUCUGAUACAACAAUAAUAAUAAGCCUUACAUUUGGUACAGAGUCUUGUCACAUCCUUGAAACGUCUCAAAGUGCUUCACAGGAAAUAAUGUAAAGUGUAGUGACUGUGUAAUUUGUACUUUGUUCUGAUUUGAACUAAUUUUUUGUUGAACGGACAACUUAAUAAAUGACACAUUUGGUAAAAGCUCA